AUGACAUCCUCAGCCUGGAUCCCUCCUCCCAAGCCAGACCCCAACACUCUCAAGAACCCUCCUCCAUUCACUCCCUUUCCACUCAUCCAGCUGCGCGCGGGAAGGGUGAAGCAGUCGCUUUGGAAUGGCAAGCUUGAAUCCGCAAUCUACAAAAGCCCCUUGGCCGGCCCUGUCGAGAUAUCUGAAAUAGGCAUCAUUACGGAUGAACAUGCAUACCCCCUGCAUAGAAGUCCCGACAAGGCUCUCCUCCACUAUUGCACAUCGCACUACGAUGCGUGGAAAAAAGAGUUGCCAGAGUCGGAACACUACUUCAAGCCCGGAGCCUUUGGCGAGAAUUUGUUCAACGAGGAAGUCAACGAGAAGAACCUUUGUAUUGGCGACCGACUCGCCAUUGGAGACAUUAUAGUUGAAGUCAGCGAGCCGCGAGGACCCUGCUACAAGCUCAACCACCGCUUCGAGGUCAAGAACAUGGCAAAGCGCACUCAGACUCUGCUGCGCACUGGCUGGUUGUAUCGCAUUAUCAAACCGGGAACUAUCGAAGCUGGAGACAUGAUCUCGCUGCUGGAGCGUCCGCAUCCCGAGUGGACAAUAGCGCGUGUCAUGUAUCAUCUAUUUCUCGAGACGCACAAUGUCGAGAUGAUGAAAGAAAUUGUCCAGCUACCGCAGCUGGGCCGGGAUGUCAAGCAACAGUUCCAGACUCGGCUUGACAAGGGCGUAGCCGAAGAUCAGAAUGGCAGACUGUAUGGCGGCGAGGACGAAAAGGAUUUGACGUGGACCGAAUAUCGCCUUUUGGAGAAGAAGAAAGAAACGAAGUGUGUUACAGCCUUCACAUUUGAGGCUACCGAGGGUAUGGCUAACGCUCUGCCCGUCGAGCCAGGUAGCCAUGUACGCCUGAAGCUAGGCGGAAAGUUGGUGCGUGCCUACUCGGUGAUUGGUGGAACAUGCAAGCGGUUUGAAGUCGGAGUUGCUCUCGAUCCUGACAGCCGCGGUGGCUCCAAGUAUCUGCACGAGCAAACUAAAGUCGGUGACAUUCUGACUGUAGGACGCAUAACAGCCAGCUUUCCACUUACCCUAGAAGCCGACCACCACGUCAUCAUCGCAGGCGGUAUUGGAAUCACUGCUUUUUUGGCGGCAUUCAAGCAUCUCCAGGAAACCAAGCAAAAAUUUCAUCUCCACUACGCUGUCGCUGAUGAAGUUCCUUUUGCAGCGCAGAUGGAUGCUCUUGGGUCCCACGCUACAAUCUACAAGAAGUCCGCAGGCCAACGUCUAGAUGUCUCGGCCGUGCUGGCCAAAGCCGAUGACCAAACCCACAUCUACACGUGCGGGCCAGCUCGACUCAUGGACGAUGUCGUCCACACUGCAAAGACGUACGGAAUCCCUGACUCGUCCAUCCAUAUUGAAACCUUUACCGUAACUACAUCCGGGGAUCCGUUUACAGCCGAGCUCCAGCAGAGCAAAAAGCUCAUCCAAGUCGGAGCCACACAGUCUCUGCUUGAUGCACUCAGGGCCGUGGGUAUGGAAAUUGAUAGUUCGUGUGAGGUAGGCAACUGCGGGACAUGCAGGGUAGACGUAUGUUCUGGCCGGAUCGAGCAUCGCGGGACGGGUCUGCAGGACAACGAGAAGAACGACACGAUGCUAAGUUGCGUCAGCCGGGGAGUCGAAAGAAUCGUGCUGGACUUGUAA